AUGGACAAGGACGACUGUCCCUCCGACGCGCUGCAGCUGGACUUUAAAGAGGACGUGGCGUUGACUGAGAUGAUGCGUCUUCGUGUGUCGUCCCUGCAGAAGUCGGGACAGAAGCGUCAGGACGGGGAGCGUCUCCUGCUGCCCUACGAGGCGGUGUACCGGCUGGACUUCCCCAGCCAGGAGCUGAGCUUCUCGCGGUGGCGCUUCUCUCUGCGGGGUCACGGCAGGGUCACCGUCACCGGCAUCUGCCAGCUGUGGACCCCCGACCUCACCCACCUGAUGACCCGCCAGCUGCUGGAGCCCGUCGGCACCUUCUGGCGUAACGCCGGCGAUCCGGAGGAGCUGCCGCUGAAGUUCCUGGAGGCGGACAUGCAGGAGUUCGGGGAACGGAUCGCCGAGCUGGCCAAGGUCAGGAAGGUCAUGUACUUCCUGCUGGCCUUCAAAGACGGAGCGGCGCCAGCGAGCGUCAGCUGCUCGGUGGAGUUCGCUCCGGAGAACUGA